CACGGACGAGCGAGCGCAUCUGCAUUCGAAAUUUCGGAAUAACGAAAGGAGCAGCGAGGAGCCGCUGCAAUCUCGACGCGUGAUGGAAUUUCUCGUGUACACGGGUUUUAACGCUGGAACUGCCUAUAAGGGGGCACUAUGCAGACCGAGGAAGUCGUGUCUCGUACACAAUCAACUGGUAUAGACGGUAGCCCUACGGACAGUACCACUUUACAGCACCAUCUGCAUCACUCGGCACAUAUAAAGUGUCCGUUGCCACCUCUGCUCCAUAUGGCGGUCAAGCAGGAGCCUCAGGAGGAGGAGGAACGAAGUCGUGACACGAAUGCGUUGAGUCCACAAGAAGAUGCAGACUCUUCUCCAACGUCCGUCGACGGUAAACACGGCCACGGCCACGAAACGGGUCAUCAUCAACUGCAAGACCUGGAGGAGAGCCCAGGACACACGGUUUCGGAUCUCAAUAACAAAGGGAGACCAAGUCGUGGUCGCCGAAAAUCCCGAUGGAAGCUCAAGUUCCACCACCAAGCACUGCCGCCGGAGUACCUGGACCACUACGAGGCGUCGCUGGCCCAAGAAGCUCUGAACGCUUCGCCGACGCACGUGGUCGAGCCGACGAUCCCCAGCCCAGCGCCGACAAGCUCAACCUCAACGCCCAGCCCGAUAGCAGAUGUGCACGGUUGGCUGCAGCGGAUCGCGGCGAUGCAGCAGGAGCUGUGUCCCCAGAUCCCGUCCCCCAGGUGUCCAGCGGCGAGUCCGAACCAGCCGUCAGGCUCCAGAAGAUCGGUGAUCACGUCGACAACGUCGCACACUCUGAACGCGAGUCAUCACAAUCACGGCCAGCAGCAGACGCAAGCGUCGGCGCGGCCGCCGAUGAAGUACUCGGACCUGCCGUACAUGGGCGAGAUCACGCUGGACAACAGCAAGCCUAGGAGAGGUCGCAAGCCGAAGAAGGCGGACAUCUGCCACCUGAUUUACAAGAACUACGGCACCAUACUGCCCGGCACGCCGGGCCACGAGGAGAAGAGGCUGUCGCCCAGGGAGAAGCUGGACGAGAGGAUCUCCACGCAGAUCCCCUUUCAAAGGACGGACGUUCAGAAUAGAAUAAGUAGCUUAUUAGAGAAGAGACUUACGCAGGAGUCGCGCAGGACGUUCGGUCUGCUGGAGAACACGAAGGAGCAGGACGAGCCGUUGAACCUCUGCAUCCGGGAUCUGAACCAGCUGAAGAUCAGGCUGCUGAGGAAGCACGGGAACGUGUACGAGUCCGGCCAAGUGAAGAGCGAGACGUCCAGCGACGGCGAGGAGGUCGAGUGCAUAGGCACGACGUUCCCCUCGGAUCCUAGCUACCGUCCUCUAGACGCCAUGUGCCGCGGCAACGUCAAUCACAACAACAACAUCAUCGACCCCAUGCUGGCAGCCAACCCGGGCUUCGUCUACUGGCCCAACGCGGGCGUGUUCAUCCAUCCGAUGGCGCUGCAGUCUCAACUGUUGUAUUACCAAAAAAUGGCGCAGAACGACAAGUGCUACCCCAGGAUGAACGAGCAGCCCGGCAAGGAGCAGAAGAUCAUCCCCAAGUCCCUGUACUCCAUGAUGGAGACGAAAAGUCCGCCAUUGAUACCCCCUCCAGCUCAAGCCAGCCCGCAGAACGUCCCCGUGCCGCCUCCGGUCUCGCCGAGACCCAAGAGGAACGUCUCGGUCGGCCAAGCCCAGAGCCAACCGACGAAGCGGAAGAGGUCCGCCAUCUUCAUACCGCCGAUGCCGACGGAGAACAACAACAACCCCGCGACGGAGGUCAGCAUCUGCAAGUUCAAGUUCACCGGGGGAGCUAAACCCAGCCUCCAAGAGAAGAAGAGCCUCUCCGUCGACUCGGGAGGCAACUUCAGGUACUACAGCGGCACCGGCGACAAGAGCAUGCGGGGAUACGAGUUCUUCCCUCGGGAGGCUCUGCAGCAGUCCGCUGGACAGUCCGGUUCCUCCACUGGCGCUUUCCUGAACGCCGCCGGCGAGAGGAUCCAGCCGGCUCCCUGCCAGAGGACCGUCAACCAGGAGGAGGGCCGGCGGAAGAGGAAGACCAGGAAGUCGCUGCAGAGGGAGAAGCUCGAGCAGACGUUCAAGGAGAAGGGGUUCCUCAUCCAGACGCAGCAGCUCGAGUCCGCGGAGGGCGCGACCUACUGCAAGUUCAGGCAGCUCCGGAAGUUCACCAGAUACCUGUUCAGGAGCUGGAAGGACUAUCUUCCGGGCAAUGUGCGCGAGUUGACCGGCGUCGCGGAGAACGAGAUGGCGGACGGUGACGCGGAGAGUGACACGAACGUGCUCGCCUCGCCCGUGCCCCAUACGAACAUGGUGGACGUGGCGACGGGGUUCGUCGACGACCACCGUGGCCUGCCUUUGACGUGAAACUUUCCGGUACCGUUGGUCAUGUGUCGGUCAACUUUUUCGCUGGUUGGCCAGCUGCUGGCUGGAUCUGCCGUGGCUUCGAGGGGAUUACGGGAUAACGGAGGAUUCUGAGCUUGUGCGAUGUCGCGGGAGAACUCUUUGUUGACGUGGGCGAUCGAGCUUUCAGGGAAGCUAGGCAUCGGGGAUGGAGCAGCGGAUUUAGAAGACUGAUGCGGACAGUCUGAGUCGACUUUGUUGCGAACGUCUAGCUCUGGCUUGACUGCGAUGGUUCAUCUGAGCAGUCGAAAGUGUUUCUAUUUCUUUGUCGAUUUCGCGUUGAGAUAGUUAUUUUCGUAUAUUCGUGGAAAUUGUGGUUUUAUAAUGGUUGGAAUAUACAUCGGGAAACAAGGUAUUGUGUAUUUAGAAACAGGUCGCGGGAUAAUGGUACGACAUGCAAGUUAGCAAUUGAAUAAUUCGAAUAUUUGAAGUUCGAAAAUACACCUGACAAAAUAAUUCUGUUAACAAAAUUCGGAAGAAACUUGUUUCCCUUGUGUUGUUUUCAACCGAAUAUCAAAUAGAUAAAAUGACUGUAUUUUGCUAAUAUGUUCGUGUUAUUGUCGACGCGGAAGAACGUGUUGCUCGAUACUCAGACCCGUCCGCAAAUCCGAGUACAAAAUUUCAAAAUCGCUACGUAGCACCCGGGAUCCGUCAGUCACAACAUCCUCGUCGCUGUUGCAAACGUUGCACGCAUUUAUUGCAUCCAACAGUGUUUAACUGCCUUAUUAUCAUACCAUUAGGAGUUCUCGCGGGAUUUAUAGAUGGCACAGAGUGAAAGUAUAGUAGCUCGCGGAAUCCAUGUCGCGGAGGGUUCGACGUGUUCACGGCAUUUACCCUCGAUAAAGUGUAUCUCGUUCGACGCGAGGAGAUGCUCGCCACGAAUGGCUCAGCGGUGUUCUUCGAUCUUUUUCGUUUGCAUCGGUCAACGGUUCGAUUGUGUCGAGCGUGCAAGACGAUCGCGCUGCUUUCACCGCGUGACUUUUAAUGCCAUAAUGUUAAAUCAUAGCACUUUUUUAGAUCGUGUCAAUUAAUAUUCUGUCGAGCCUCGGAAUUCACAAGUGGAAUUUUUCAAUGCUUCAUGGAUUUCUAAAUGGAAGAGUUAAAUAGCACAUCAUGAGUAAUUAAACAUUCUGUUAAUUACAAUAAUAUUCCUGCUGAUGAUUCAAGCUGUUUUUGAAAAGCUGCAUUAAUUAUAAUACCAGAAUUCGAGUAGUGAAUGCGAUAGUGAACCACAUUAAAAUCAUAUUAAAUUGCAAGGUAACUAAAUUUCGGAACACCGACGCAAACGUGUAACGACGCUCACUUGUCGA